AUGGCGUCGGCCACCCGCUUCAUCCAGGGGCUGCAGAACUGUGCAUCCAAGCAAGAUCCAGGGAAGCUGCAAAUGUGCUACUAGGAGAUCUCCAAGCAAACUCAGCCUCCUCCCAAGCUCCUGGUGGGCCCCAGCCACAAGCUCACCAACAACUACUACUGCACUCGCGACGGCCGCCGUGAAGCUGUCCCCCCCUCCGUCAUCAUGUCCUCACAGAAGGCACUGGUGUCAGGCAAUGCAGCAGAGAGCUCACACACAGCUGGGACUACCUCUGAGAAAAAGGGGGUGACACCGGCUCCACCCAUAAGGAGGUGGGAACUGUCCCAGGACCAGCCUCACCUGUGA